AAUUAUCACAUGUAUUGCGUUCGUUUGUGAACUGUAUCGCUCGAUAUGUACAAAACGGGAUUCCUUCUUUUUGGCUUGAUAGCCAUUGCAAUCGCAGCAGACGAACCAGUUACGACUCCUCAAGACUACUACACGAAUCAACUUUAUCAGAACCAGUUUAAUCCAUACAACACCAGGUUCUACCAACCUAACAGAUACAAUCGACCGGGUUACUACAAUAACGACUACCACAAGUACAACUCGGGCAGCUACUUCAACAACGAUUAUUAUAACAAAGACUACUACAACAAAAAUUAUUACGAUAAUGAAUACUAUCAAAAAUAUAACCAAGAUACUAAAAACGCCGGAAUUCUCCGUUUUGUGAACGAUGCUCAACCUGACGGAAGCUACAAAUAUGGGUAAGUUAGCCACACAAGC